CCGAUCCCAGCUUUCUACGCGUGCUAUCUGCUUCGAUCAAUUGCGCGCCAUUCUUCAACGUACAUCGGCAGCACGCCGAACCCGCCAAGACGUCUCCGACAACACAAUGGCGAAUCAAAGGGCGGCGCAGUGCGAACAUCUAGAGAUUCCCUUCGACCAUGGGAGAUGACAUGUCUGGUCACUGGCUUUCCAAGCAAGAUCGCCGCCCUGCAAUUCGAAUGGGCAUGGCAAAAUCCCAACAUGACAAGACACAUAGAAGCCUCCUCACGAAUCUCCCAAUCUCGAAUCACAACAAGAAUCUCACCCAAAACAGGCAAGACCAGAAAACGCGCCAAGCGACCUCGCCAAUCCCUUUCCGGACAUCUGGCCAACCUCCAUCUUCUCCUGCGAUCAAACAGCUUUUCAAGAUGGCCUUUACGACUGACAUUCUACGCCGAAGACAUGCAUCGCGUGUGGCAGAAAGUCUCGACGCAAACAACCGAGAAACUCCGACCAGGAAUUCUAACCGGCAUAGACGACCUCCCUCGAGAUGAUGCAAAAGUCUCCAAACCCCUAGAUCCAACCAUCCCACCGGAAAACAUCGCUAUCCAACUCCUGGACGUAGGGUACGAAACUUUGAAACCCCAACUCUCCAAAACCCAAUCUCUAUUCAGCAGCGACACUGUGCAUAAAUGUUCCAUCUGCCAUGGACCAACCGCAGCAGAUGGAGCAGCGACUCUGAUCUGUCCUCGAGAGACGUGCAGCAGUAUCUCGCAUCUUCACUGCCUAUCGACGAAAUUCCUGAACGAAGAAUCUGAAUCCGGCACGGGAAACUCGCAAGCUAUGAUUCCAACAAGUGGCCACUGCCCAACCUGCAAUUCUCAAAACCUCUGGGUCGAUCUGGUCAAGGAGCUGAGUUUGAGGAUGCGAGGGGGAAAGGAGAUGAAAGCGCUGUUCAGGCUGAAACGAGCGAAGAAAAAGACGAAG